GAACGCGUACGGUGGCACGUCGUGGGGCAUGCGCGCGCGCAAGAGAGAAAGAGAGAGAGGGGUGCAAGCCGCGCAACGAAAAUGGCGUAGUGAUUGAGCUUGAGUGUGUCGUUCCGCCUGCCGCGUUUUUGCACGAACAGCGAGGAGGGGCCAGUCGUUUGGAGACGCGCCGUCGAUCCCGCCGACGGUUAGGUUUCUCCCCCGCGGGGACCGAUCGACCGUAGGAGUGCGCGCCAUGAUCGAGUCGGGACGACGAACCCGGCGACGUUGUUAGGUGAUAUUUAUGCAGUGUGUACCCCCCGGGUGUGCUUUGGUGAGCCGCGCGCGCGUCGAGACCGGGGAUCCCCGAUGGUCGAUGUCCUCGUCGCCGUCGUCGCACGUCGUCCGCCAACGACGACGCUGACGCGAACGACCUGAACGUCGCGGCGCGACACACGGUGACCGUGACGUAACGCGACGCGCGGCGCGCGACGCGACGUGACGGGUGACACGCGUGUACCGUGCAUCCGGCCGCACGGCGUGCAUGAACCCCGAAAAAACGGGCGAGGGAUGGCCCGCGCCGCGGCCGCAAUUGGGAUUCGGUGAUCCUGCCGCCUGCUCGUCGUGACAGUUCGACGACUCGCUCCGAUCCGAGCGAGAUCAAGAUGGCGCCACCGGCGUUUUGACACUUGCCGAAGGACGACCCGUCAGCUGGACUUCACCGCCGCCCGCAGGCGACCCGUCUAUUAUGAGCAGAGAAUUCUACGUACCCUGCACGCCUUACGUCUAUCAGCAGUGCGGCAGCGGUAGCAGCGGCGGCGGCGGUUCGACGGAGGGUGUCGUGGUGAACGUCGGUGCCAGUAACGGCGUCGGCAGCGGCGGCAGCGGCGGCAGCGGCGUCGGCGUCGGUGGCAUGGACUGCAUGCCCCUGCGCCCCGGUCCGUUCCACUACCUCAUCAGCGAGCAAGCCAAGUCCCUGGUGGCCCUGCAGGAAUUGCAGAAUGAGGUCGGCGCCCUGCUCGAGUUCCGGGACCUCGUCAUCGAGACGUUCCCAAACCUCCGGCACAAGAUGGCCGCGACGGCGUCCGCGGGUGCGUCCGUGAUGUCGUCCACCUGUACCCAGAGCUCGCACAUCCCGCUGCCGCUGUCGAGCCCGUCCUCGCGAAGGAUCAGCGAAUGGGAGCCUGGCAAGAUAAGGCGGCGAGUGACGCGCGAAAGUAGCGGCGGCGGCGGCAGCGGUGGAAGCGGCAGCGGGGGUGGAGGUGAAUCCUCAUCCUCGUCGCUGCCUAGAAGCCGCAGCAACUCCCACAGCGGCGGCACCAAGAACAACUGUAGCGCGACGGUCCAGGACUCCGGUUUCAGUACGGAGACCUCGUCGAAGGACAGCGCCUCGACGGCGAUCGCGCCGCGAGCGAGCAGCCCCCGGCCGAAUGCGUUGGACGAGGCGGAGGAUGAGCUCUGGAACCUGCUGGACGUGAUCCACCGGAAGGGAAUCCGGCUGCGAGAGGAGGUCGAGUGCCUUCAGGGUCGCCUGGAGAGCGUGGCGACGGAGGAGCUGGUGUCGACGGACGUGCUCGAGGCUGUGAGAAAAAUCACCGGCCUUGGCAAUGCCGACAGGACGAUCGACCGCAACGUUGUUGACGAUGGGAGCGUCGAUCGGCAGCAGCAGGACAGUAGGGACCCGCAAGUGAUAGCUCUCAGGCGGGAAAAGGAACAGCUCCUGGACAAAGUGGCCGAGCUCGAAGCGGAAACGAUAUCGAGUCGCGCUCGAGCUCAAGAACUGCAGACGGAAUUGGCCGCUUUGUCGGCGCUCAAGACUGGUCUGGAGGAUCGGUUGCGGGCUGGACUGACCGAGAACGCCUCGGAGAUUUUGGCACCGGGCGUUCAAAGACUGCAACCUAUCGCGCCGGUGAUUUCUUCGCCGAAGAAUGCCAGUGUUACUAGUAUCAAAAGCAAGACCUCGGCGUUUGCGUCAGUCACCGGUAGUCCUGGAAACAAGGCUCACAAGAGCCGCUUUCGCACGAGGACGAUCGAGAAGAAUGUAUUGUUGGACGUUGUCGGGCGCAAUGACGAGAUGCGCAAUGUCGACAUUGAUGUUGAGGCGAACGUGAAUGAAAGGCGAGCUAGGCUGGGAGCGCUCGAUUCCAUCCUAGUCUCGCCCACCCGGGUGACUCACGUGAAAGAUGUAGACUCAAAGAAGAUUGCGGCCAUUCUUCGCGAGCAUUCGCCCCUCGAGCUUCAGCGGCACCUAAUUACUACUACCGUCCAUAAUCAGGUCCUACAAAAAAGGUUAGAUGAAGUGAAAAAGAGCACAGAAACUCUCUCGGAGCGACUAGACAAAGCGCGCGAGGAGAACGACGACUUACGUUUCCAGUUGGAGGAACGAAACAUUGAACUGGAAGGCACGCGGGCGCGAGUGCGCGUGUUGGAGCGUCUUCAACAACGACCGCCGACGGAAGCCGAUCCCGAGGCGGAUCUGGAACAACCCAGGUGCGAGCAGAGCGGUCUCGAGCCCGGCAGCAGUACGGAGUCCGCGCGAGACCAUCAUCCGCCGGUAGAGAUCAAACCGUCGCCGCGGCGGCGUCCUAGUCGUAUACCUUUACCCGGCAACGUGAGCGGCAAGACAUCGACGACGCCUACAGCGAGCGUGACUGCAACCACGCCUGCGCGACCGCCCAGUCACGGCAGGAACGACAGCAGGGAAUCGCUUAAGUCGCUAACAAGACCGCCGCGUGAUUCUAGUCGCGACAGCCAUGGCGGCGGCAAGUCGUUGUCGAAACCGCGCGACUCCAGCCGAGACUCGCUGGGCAAUAAAAGUCUGUCCAAGAGCGGUGGUAACGGAAGCAGCAACAUUAGCGUCGGCGGCGGCGGUGGCAACAAGGAAACAAACCGGGAGUCGUCCUUGAACAACCGGUCCCUGCCACGUAACAAUUCCAGCCGAGACUCCUUAAAUAAAUCCUCCUCGCUGUCCCGCGCCCGUGACUCGCUGGAGUCCAACAACAAUCUUGGCACGUCCUCGCCCAUCACGGGAACGGUUAAUGCUCCCCCUCGACGGCCGCCCGCUCCCGCACGCCGUUCCCACAGCCUGGCGCGCGUAGCGACGUCCGUCGAUGCGUCCGAGAACGGCAAGGUACGACCCAUAAAGCAAUUCUUUUGGAGCAGCUGGCUGAAGUCACCGUUGUCCAACGGCCCGAACUGCACCGAACCACCGAGUUCCUGGUGUUCGACCAACAGCAGUUUUCGUCACAGCGACUCGUCCCUCUAUCCGGAUUCCCUGAAUCAAGAGACGUCGUCCGUCACCGGUUCCACACGGGUAGAAUUCAUAAUCGGCUCGCCUACCAGGCGCUUCCGCACGAGUUCCGCCUGGCCUCAUCGCUACUUCGACAGCAUCGACUCGGCGGCUACGGUGCCGGAGAGCCUGCUAACCGACGAGUUUCCUCUGCGACGCGGCGAGGCCCUGGCCGAAGAUUUCGCUGUGUUCAUGCAUCUGCUGAAGUGCGCGAUCGGCACCGGCAUCCUCUUCCUGCCGCACGCCUUCAGAAGGACCGGCUACGCGAUGUCCAUCGUCUGCGGUAUCGUCGCCGGCACGCUCUCCAUUCACACCGCCAUCAUCGUCGUGCAAUGCUCCCAGGCGUUAUGCAGGCGCAACCGCGUGCCCAUGCUGGAUUUUGCCGAAACGGCGCAGUUCUCCUUCCAGGCGGGUCCGGAGAGGAUUCGAAAGUACGCCAGGCUAUUCGGCGUAGUUACCAACGUGAUCAUUUGCUUCGUGCACUUUCAGGCCGUCGUGAUAUACAUCUUAUACGUGGCCACGUCGUUCCAACAGGUGAUAGAAUUUUUCUCGGGUCUCGAGUUGAACCCGCGGGUCUAUAUCGUCAUCUUCUUUCCCUUCACCUGCGUCCUGGGCUUCGUGCCGAACCUGAAGUAUCUGGCACCGUUCUCCAUUAUCGGCACUGUCUUCCUGUUCCUCGGGGUCUGCAUCGCGUUUUACUACUUUUUGGACGAUGUGCCCGAUCCCCGUAGACUUGACGCCCUGACGGAAGUUCUACCUGUGCCCAUGUAUUGCGCCAUUUUCCUGUUCGCCUUGCACAAUAUGACCCUGUACCUGCCGCUGGAGAACACGAUGAGGCAUCCCGGUCAUAUGCCGCGCCUGAUCGUCGCCAGCACGUCGCUCAACACGGUCAUAUACCUGGCAUUUGGUUUCUUCGGCUACAACAAGUAUCCGGACGCCUGCGACACCGUCAUCAAGAAUUUACCAAUGGAGGAGACUCUGGCCCAAGUAGUCAAGAUAGCCAUUUCCUUGUCGGUCCUGUUUACUGUCGGUUUGGCGUACUACGUCCCAAUCAGCGUGCUAUGGCCCAUGAUCCGCUCGAGAAUCGUCACGAAGAAUACGCUGCAUCAUCGAUUUUACGAAUACUCGCUCCGAUUAGGCGGCAUAAUAGGCACUACACUGUUGGCCAUCGCCGUGCCCCAAAUGGUACCCUUGCUGGGUUUAUUCGCCGCCUUGAGCAUAUCGACGAUCAUGCUGCUGAUACCCAUACUAAUCGAGACGUCGACUAAGUGGGCGGAAGCCACAAGGACGAUGCUCGUGAAGAAUAUCGCUAUUUUCGUCGUGUGGCUGUUGAUUUUGAUUUUUGGAACGAUAGAAAGCACUUGGUCAAUUGUUAGAGAAUAUAGCGGAACGAAGCAGGAAACAUGUUGAUCGACAGCUUGUUAAAUUAUUUGAGAGACUCGACACAAAAUUACGAAGCUGCUUCUUGUGAUAAUAUAAUACGCUACGCAAAACAGUCUGAUGUCACUUGCCGAGAGUUAUGACUCUUACAAUCAGUAGCAAGAUGAUAUUAUGAUAAAGAUGAAGGACUCUCUAAAGCAGCGAAGCGAAAGGUGGAUAAAUAUAAUUUUUAUAACAAUGCUCUUUGAUUACAUUUGCUUUUCGCGCACUGUGAAUCUAUACGAGAAGAAAUAUCUCAAGCUCCACUCGUUACGAGAGCAUUUUAGUUUGCGUGCCGGCAUCGUAAGGGUGACAUAUCUCGGUCGUUCUUUUCUUACGAUUUUCUUGCUUUUACAUGCCCGAGAUCAACGUGAUCGAUAUCGACCGGUAUCGAGGACCCUUAAUUUCCGUAAAGAUUGGAAUGUGGCACUUGCGACAUUCCACAGGGGGAAGGGGGGAAACACCUUCAAUUUCCCUCGGCCGGCGUUUACGUAACGCACAGCGGAGUUACGCCGCUCGCAAUGUGGAACAAGAGCGGCAGCCUACAAUGAGAAACUGCACCGCGGCGCAACACGGCGGUCCAGAGAAGGUGGGAGACUCGCCGAGGACCUUCUUGCAAGAGGACGAAAAGAGACGGCGAGCGCGCACGCCUCGUGAAUGGAAGAAGAUAAGAGGAUACAGGUGAAAGGGAACGCGCGAGAUGCAGAGGCGCGAAUCGAGCUGAUCGCACAGUCGAAUAACCGACGUCUUUAUGAGUACGAAACUCGAGGACGGUUACUCGACGUAGUAUACUUCAGGAGCCGGAGGUGUCGACGAUUUCUGAUUCCGAGUGACUCGUCGCGCGUUUGUUUUUUACCGAACCUUCGACUGUAAAGUUCCGUUAAUCAAUUAAUUACGCGGUCGUGAAUGCUCGAGCGAGGAUAAACGCGCAAUGGGAUAGAGAAGCGGAAGCGGUACCGCAAGGAUUAGAUGGAGGGAAAAACGUGAAAGCGGAAAGUGAUUCGAUGGUUAUACGGUCGAUAUAUAGCACUUCGACAUAUAAUUUUGGAUGUUAUUUGUCAACACUGAAACGAUCGUUCAUUCAUGAAAUCGCAAACAUUGAGGUAUCUUAGAGAGAAUUUAAAUAUUAUUUUGCAAAUAUAGUUCCCCCUCAAAUAUGUUGUUUUCGAAUAUCUUCAUUAUUAUUUUGCACGCGUCACGUUCUGUAUGUUCGAUAUUUAUCUCCAGCUCAAUAUUUUCGGCUUUGUAACUCUUAGCCAUUAGAGACGAUUUUUCUGAUUUGUGUUGAAAUACUUAACAACAAUUCCAUCAUUAAAAAAAAAGAUAAAAUAAAGGAGCUAAACUAUUAUCCGUUCCCCGCUCUCUUCUUUACAUAAUGAUUGUAUUAAUUAAUUGUAGAUCUGGAAAAAUAUUUUACUUAACUCUCGAAGCUAUAUUAAUCCAUGAUAUUUAAGCUCUUCGCGACGUCGAACCCUAACGCCCAUUAAUUGUCGGACGAAGCAAUUUUUUGUCUAUAAUAUUGGCAAGCAAAUCCAUUGGGUUUAAUCCCUGCCAUAUCGUUUAUCGUGCGCACUUCAAAGUAACGUCGACUCGAGU